AUGAAACAUUUCGAAGAUCUAUCGUUAUUAUGGUUUAUAAUAACCACAGUUUCAUCAAUGACAAUAUCACCACAUGGUGGUUAUCUGUAUAUUGAUGAAGGAACAGAUUUUUAUAUUGAAUGUAUUGGUAUCAAUCCCAAUUGGAUUAUUGCUAAACGUUUAUUAUCAGAGAAUGCUCGUAUUUCAACAGAACUAAUUGAAAAUAAUCGAAAAUCUGUUUUGACUAUUCAUGGAAUGGAUACGUCUCAUACUGGUCCGUAUCUAUGUCAAACAAAUCAAUCUAUAUCAACAAUUAUUCUUCAAUUAACAAAACAUAAAGCAGAUAUGACGAAACAAAUUCGUUUUAUGAAUACAAAUACGAAUCAAUCAGUUGUCCAUGGAAGUGAUGUUCGAUUAAAUUGUUUUGCUCAAUAUUAUAGUGAAAAAGCAAUGGAUUCACCUUAUUUACCGAAAAUUCUCUGGUUUUUUGAACGACGACAGAUAUAUAAUAAUGAUGAGAAAUAUAUUCUUGGUACGGAUAGUUUAGUUAUUCGAAAUUUUGAUUAUUAUGAUCAAGGUGUUUAUUAUUGUCGAGCUUUUAUAACAUUAAAAAAUAAUUUUCUCAGUAAAAUUUAUCCUAUUUUUGUACAAUUACAAAAUUCAUCGUCGUAUCUUAAUGAUACAUUAAUCCGAACUAUUGAAAAUAAACAUUGUAAUGGUUUUAGUGAAAAUAUAAAAACAAAUAAUACAAUAUCAUAUUGUAAUACCGAUGGUUACAUAUCAAAUCAAACAUGUCCAAUAGGUCAAAUAUGGAAUGAUGAUUAUUCACAAUGUACAUUACCAUUAAAUCAUAAUCAAAUUUUACAAAUUAUUCCAAAUCUUUCUCAUAUGAAUGUUGAAUUGGGUCGUACAUAUACAUUGUUAUGUCAAUCAAAUGAUCCUCAAAUUGAACCUGAAUGGACUUAUGAAAAUGGAACAAUUAUCGGUCCAGGCAUAUUAACUGAACAACAAAUAACAUCGUACACAUUAAGUAAUACUCAUGCACUCUAUCUCCGGUUAGCACCCGUUACGAUCGGCACGUAUAUUUGUCGUUCACGUUCCGUUAUAAAACCAAUGAAUAAAACGGAAGUAACGAUAACAACAACAUCAAUUACUUUAACAGCACAAAUUAUUGCAGAAACAAAUGGAAUAUCAUUUCAAUCAUCAACAUUAGCUGAAUAUCAUGUACGAAUAAAUGCAACUUUAUUCAUUGCUUGUCGUCCAGAAUAUUUCGAUUUUCAAACAAAUUCAUCUUAUUUACCAACAGCUAAUAUUCUACGAAUAAAUGAUAAUAAUCAUUUUCAAUUAUCGGAAACUAUGGAUGGAUUACUUAUUGAUCAAAUCGGACCAAAUGAAAGUGGCAUGUAUUUAUGUAUAGGAAAAAUUCCGUUGGCCAAACAAUGGAUGACAUCAUUUUAUCCUGUUAUGAUUUUUGUUUCCGAUCCAUUAUUUUCAUUAUCUAAUACAAACAAAUCAAGACGAAUAUGUUACAUGGAAAUUUACGGUGAUGAUAAUAAUGAUCCUUAUGCAUCUCGAUGGUCAAUUGGAGAGCUUAGAGAACGUCAAACAAAUAUUUCUGUCUGUGCACGUAUAUAUGAAGAAUAUGCAGAUGCUGAACAUUUCUUUGAUUUUGCCAGAAAAACAACUUCAAUCGUCUUUCGAACAAAAGCUGCUUCAUUUUUCUUUGCAAUUUCUCUUAUUUUACCAAUUAUAAUGAUUAGUGUUGGCAUUUCAAAUCUAGAAGAAUGUCCAUUAGAUCGUAAUAUUCCAGUUUUUGUACUUGUCGGCGGAGCAUUAGGUUCACUGAAAUUAUUACAAGUUCUUUGGAAACAAUAUAAUCGUCAUAAUGGUCCAUCAGAAGAAGAAGGAACCGAUGCUCAAAGCGGAUCGACAUUUAUGGAUGUUCUCACAACACUUUUUCUUAUUGUUUGGUUUAUAUAUGGUAAUCAUCUAAUAUAUCGUUAUCGUGUGCCACGUUUUGAACAAACAACUGAAGAUCCUGAACAUUGGUGUUCAAAAAAUGUUUAUAGUUUAACAAUAAUUAGUAUCGCUUAUACAUAUUCAUUGGUUACAUUAAUGAUUUUAAUUGUUGUUAUUGUUGUCUUUACCGUUCAUUUUCAAUAUCGUCGUCGUGCCAUCCAAGAGGCGAAAGAAGCCGGAUGUACAUGA